CCUACCGAUAUCAAUAUGGCAACGAUUCCGACGUUACGCAAGACGCUCAACGAUUGUCAUCUGCGCUACCACAAAUACGGAGAGUUUUAUCUCGUGUAUCCCAUCUAUGGAGUUCCUGCCCGGCAAGGGGAAUUCGCCCAUAUGGCCGCCAUUGGAUGGCGGAAGGCCGACGGUUCGCUACAAUUCGAUUGCGGUGGUUCCCUCAUUACAUCCCGACACGUACUAACUGCGGCCCAUUGCGCACUCAACGAUGAUGGCGAGCAACCCAGCGUGGUGCGCUUGGGCGUGAUCAACAUCACGGCCGGGCUGUACGAUCCACAGAACCAAUUUUCCCAAGAGUACGCCAUCGAAAGUUUCACGCGUCAUCCGGACCACAGCUUCCGUUCCGUUUAUCACGAUGUCGCAGUCAUACGCUUAGAUCGGUCCGUAAUCUUGACGAGUGCCGUCCUUCCUGGAUGUCUUUGGACGAGCAGCACGGUACCGUUCCGACGAUUGGAGGCGACCGGUUUUGGACAAACAAGUUUCGGCGGAGAGCGGACACCGAUUCUUCUGAAGGUGCAACUAUCACCGGUGGAAACUGAGGCUUGCCGCAAGUUCUAUCCCAAGAGUGGUACCCGCCGAGAAGGUUUACUCGACAGUCAGAUGUGUGCGUUCGACAACAAGAUGGACACGUGUGGCGGCGACUCCGGCGGACCCCUGCAGAUAAAACUGAUGGCAAACAAUCGACAAAUUCCUUUCAUUAUUGGAAUUACCUCGUUUGGCCGGUUCUGCGGAACAACCGCACCGGGCGUUUACACUCGGGUAGCUCCUUACGUUGCAUGGAUCGAGCGUGCAACGGGAGAGUCCUUCGACGUUCGAACUUGUUACGUACGCCAUCUCAAUCAGCGUGAAAUCGAAGAAGCAAUGGUUGCCAAUCGGGCCGGCGAUAAAGUGUUCAUCGAGCCAGAGAAAAGUUACAUGGAUUUGGAAACCGUAGCGAAACACCGGGUAUACCUUGGUUACAGCAGCACAGAUGGCCGUAUACAAUGGAACUGCGGUGGCGUUCUGAUCAAUGAGAAUUACGUGCUGACGGCGGCCCAUUGCGAUCGUUUCAUACUCAACAAAACGCCUGACUACGUGAAGGUGGGCGAUUUGGACAUCAUCAAAAACCAUCCACAAGCGCAGAUCAUAAAGAUCGAAAGAUUUAUCAAACAUCCGAGUUACAGAGAAGGAGGUGCGCUGGAAAAUGACAUUGCACUGGUUAAGCUACUAACGAACGUAAAGAUGCAGUCUAAUGCAGUUCCAGCGUGUAUACUGAACUCUGAUGCCGUCGCUUUGCCGUUCUACGAAAUGUCCGGCUUGGGACCGUUCAAUAUGAACAAUUUUAUCAUGGACAACGAGCAGGGAUCAAGCAACAGUACGCUAGUAUUGACGAGGAUGCGUGCCGAUAGCGCACCCUGUAGAGGAGCAUCCAGCGACAAGUUAAUUUGUACGAACAAUCGUCAACCCCUUGUACCUGGGACGUGUCGGAUAGAACACGGUGGUCCGUUGGAACGAGAAAUCUGGCAUCAUGAUCGGUACUAUGCCUAUGUAUUCGGUAUAACUGUGGGUGGAAGUGAUUGUGGUUUCGGUACCGAAGCAUAUUACGUGAAAAUUUCCUCACAUAUACAAUGGAUCGAAUCGAUUGUGCUGGGUGGCUCCACCAGAAAGAGGCGAAGCAUCAUCCGAACCAGAAGCAAACGACAACUAUUGUUCCCAUCAUCUAACGAAGAGUAUUACGAUUACAGAAGUCAAUCGUGUAUUCUGUCAGAUAUGAGAAGAGGUAUUUGCAAGUCAUACAAUUCCUGCCCAAGGCAAAAUAUGGGUUCGACUAUCACCAUUUGCCAACAUGGUGCCCAGCCAAUUGUUUGCUGUGCCAAUUCCAACUCGUUGACACGACCGACGCGUUUAUCUGCUAACACUGCUACUAGUAAUCCCGGUGGCCUACAAAAGUCCGGUUAUAAGCUAAACAGUUGUGUAUCCUUCUGGCGGCUGUAUAAAAGGACACCGGUCGAUGAGUAUGAAAGCAUUCCAUCGGAGGGCCGUCCUGUGAGUUAUGGAGAGUAUCCUCACAGUGCCGCAAUAGGUAGUGCGCAGCGGAACGAGUGGCCCUGCACCGGUGUCCUGGUAAGCGAUGAAUACGUGCUAAGUGCUGCUAGUUGUUUGGCAUUUGCACGUGACCCUCGUUCUGUGCGCUUUGGACAAGACGGUUCGAAUGACAUUUUUGGAAUCACGCAAACCAUAACUCACCCCAUGUGGGAACGACGGAUAGAAUACCGAUACAACUUAGCAUUGGUACGUUUGGACAAUCGGGUGCAGUUCUCAUCGACGAGACUUCCAGCUUGUGUUUGGCCCAAUCUGGAUAAGGUUCCACUGAAGUUGUACAGCUUGGGAAAUGACAAACAAGGACGAAUAAAUGUAUAUCCGAGAAGUGCAAAGUAUAAUGCGGAUUGCCGCAGUCUUGCCAGCAACAGCUAUUCCAUUCUUGACCGCGAAUCCGUUUGUAUCGAGAACUAUUAUGUUACUAAUACGGUGUGCUCCGAUCAGGCGGGCAAUCCUGUCGAAGGAAUCGUGAAGUACAACGGCACAAGUAUUCCAUUGGUCGUUGGAAUAACAUCGUACACCGUAGGUUGUCCAUCGUAUUCGAAGGAUGACGAAACGGUUACCAUAUUGUCGCGCCUUGCUGCUUAUCAACAGUGGUUGAAGCAGAACAUUGAGCGUUAGCGAUUGAGGUUCAAUAAGUCAGAUAUGUUUCGUAAGAUCACGGUCCGUCUUGAAGCUAUAUUGCGGUAACUCUAUUUGCGGAAGCCAUUUGCAGUAUAUUGGCAGCUACGAUUUUCAU